GUUUACCGCUGGUUGCUCACUAGCGUUGCUUGCCGUGCUGCUUGGCGUGUUUAUCCAUUCGUCGGUUUUGUCACGAUGCCUAGUGAUAAGGAGCAUAUCAAUAUCGUUGUAAUUGGACACGUAGACAGUGGAAAGUCUACCACCACUGGACAUCUUAUUUACAAAUGUGGUGGCAUUGACAAACGUACCAUCGAGAAGUAUGAGAAGGAGGCUGCUGAGGUAAGUAUUAAUGCACUCACUUUAUUUGUUACAUUAGAUGGGCAAGGGAUCCUUCAAGUAUGCUUGGGUGUUGGACAAGUUGAAGGCGGAACGUGAACGUGGUAUCACGAUUGACAUCGCCCUGUGGAAGUUUGAGACAAAUAGAUACUGUGUUACGGUUAUUGACGCUCCUGGUCAUCGUGACUUCAUCAAGAAUAUGAUUACUGGGACUAGUCAAGCUGAUUGUGCGGUGCUGGUUGUCGCAGCUGGUGUUGGUGAGUUCGAGGCUGGUAUCUCGAAGAAUGGUCAGACGAGAGAGCACGCCCUGCUAGCAUACACUCUAGGUGUCAAACAACUGAUUGUCGCCAUUAAUAAAAUGGAUUCUACAGAGCCACCUUAUUCAGAUGCUCGCUACCAAGAAAUCAAGAAGAACGUGUCUGACUACAUCAAGAAGGUCGGAUACAACCCGGUCGCAGUCCCAUUCGUGCCAAUCUCGGGUUGGGUUGGUGACAACAUGAUUGAAAAGAGUUCAAACAUGCCAUGGUAUAAAGGAUGGGAAGUGACAAGGAAUAAAGAUGGCAAGAGCGUAACUGAUACCGGGUUCACGCUUCUCGACGCCCUUGAUAAAAUGGAACCUCCAGCAAGACCAACAGACAAGCCCCUAAGGUUGCCGCUACAAGAUGUGUAUAAGAUUGGAGGUAUCGGCACUGUUCCUGUCGGCCGUGUCGAGACCGGUGUCAUCAAGCCUGGUAUGGUCGUCACCUUUGCUCCCCAGGGCUUAUCGACCGAAGUCAAGUCUGUUGAGAUGCACCACGAAGCCCUCAGUGAGGCAUUUCCCGGCGACAAUGUAGGAUUCAACGUAAAGAACGUUUCUGUCAAAGAUAUCCGCCGUGGUAAUGUUGCCGGAGAUUCCAAGAACGAUCCUCCAAGAGAAGCCGCAAGCUUCACUGCUCAGGUCAUUGUCAUGAACCACCCCGGUGAAAUCAAAAAUGGCUAUUCACCUGUCCUCGAUUGUCACACAGCACACAUCGCAUGUAAAUUCCAUGAAAUCACUGAGAAACUUGACCGGCGAUCAGGCAAGAAGGUGGAAGAUAACCCUAAGUCCAUCAAGUCCGGAGAUGCAGCAAUGGUGGAGCUUGUGCCAUCGAAGCCCAUGUGUGUCGAACCAUUCCAGCAGUACCCACCACUCGGUCGCUUCGCUGUUCGAGACAUGAAGCAGACGGUGGCAGUUGGUGUAAUAAAGGCUGUCAACAAGAAAUCAGACGCGGGUAAAGCGACCAAAUCCGCUCUAAAAGCAACAGGGAAGAAGAAGUAAAUUUCCUUGUGGUUUCCUCAAUUAAACGUUUUACUGG